GAGGGGCGACUGAACGGAGCUGAACAGCUGCACAAAGGAAACAAAAAGGAAAGCAGUGUGUUGUUGUCGCUCAGCCAGUGAGGCUCAGUUGGGGGGGUAAAAGCGUAGCACAACAGGGUUUCCGUUUGUUUGAGGCAAGGAUAACUUUCAAGGGACCUGUGCUCUUAAUGCAAAUUGAAGACCACUUGAGUCAAACACCACUUGAGGAGGCAUGACCACAUCACUUGGACUAUUAAUUCUCUUUUCUGCUCUCUGCUGCUGCCUAGCGGACAAUGUGGAGCUGCUCCGCAGUAAGAGAGGGACUCGCUUUUACAGAGGUGAGCCUGACAGGCAGCCAGCUAGACGGACGCUUUUGAUUGUUCAUGUCCAGAAGUCUUCACCUUCCUUUGACACGUCCUUACGUUGUGUGGAUAGUGAGACAUCAGCAGUGCGUAGUUUUGGGGACACUUGGCUGCGAUGGCGGGGACAGCGUGUGGAGUAUUGCCGUUGUGCACUAAGAGGACGAGAGCUUUGUCAUAUUGUGCCCGUUAUCAAUUGCUACGUGUCUCAUUGUUAUAACGGAGGAACCUGUAAGGAGGCCGUGUACACUUCAGACUACAUUUGCCAGUGUCCCGCAGGCUUCAGUGGGACACGGUGUGAGAUCAACACCAAUGAGAAGUGUAUUGUGGGACAGGGUGAAGGGUACCGUGGGACAUGGAGUAUCAGCCAUUCAGGAGCAGAGUGCAUCAACUGGAACUCGACAUCUCUGAGAGGAAAGAGGUUCACAGCUAGAAAAGUGGACGCCAGCAGUCUUGGACUGGGCAAUCACAACUUCUGCAGGAACCCUGACAAUGACAACAGUCCUUGGUGUUACACCUAUAAAGGCACUCAGAUUGUGUGGGAGUUGUGUUCUUUGCCCAAAUGUCCAGAAGAUAAGUACAAAGAAUGUGUUCUGGGCUCUGGUCAGUCAUACAGAGGCACAACAUCUGUCACUAAGAGUGGCUCUCGCUGUCUCCCGUGGGACUCGCCUGCUGUCAAGCGUAAGCUCAACAAUGCUUGGAGAUCGGAUGCAUUGGAGCUGGGGCUCGGCAGUCACAGCUUUUGCAGGAAUCCAGAUGGUGAUGCAGGUCCAUGGUGUCACACCUACAAGAACAUGCAGCUGACCUGGGAGCUGUGUGACAUUCCUAAGUGCUCAAGACGUCCAUCUGUCAUCACCACUCUUGGCCCACGUGGCCCAACCACUAACAACAAUAACAGAGCAACAUGUGGCCAACGUUCAGAUAACUCCCUGAAUCGUCCUAUGUACCGCAUAUUUGGGGGCAGAGCGAGUGACAUCACAGAACAGCCAUGGCAGGCGGCCAUUAAUGUGUACCAGGCCCGUAGCAGACAACACUUUUACCGAUGUGGAGGAAUCCUCAUCAACUCCUGUUGGGUCCUGUCUGCUGCGCACUGCUUUGAGGAAAAUGAUAAAGCAGAAAAACUGAAAGUGAUUUUGGGAAGAACGUUUCGGAAACAGAAUUCCAGCAGUGAGCAGAUUUUCAAUGUUGAGAAGUACUGGAUCCAUGAGACAUUUGACAAUGAGUCAUUUGACAAUGACAUUGCUCUCUUGAAGCUGCAGACGGACAUUGGCAUCUGUGCUGUAAACUCUCCAGAGGUUUUUCCGGUGUGUCUGCCUGAACCUGGACUGGUGUUGCCCAGCUGGACGGAGUGUGAGAUCUCAGGCUAUGGAAGAGACAAAGAAUUUUCUGCAGAGUACUCUGAGCGUGUUAAGAGAGGUUAUGUUCGCCUGUGGCCCAAUGAGAAGUGUGUCCCAGAUGUGCUGUCUGGACGCCCAGUUACCACCAACAUGCUGUGUGCAGGUGACACCCGAGGCCUUGACGAUGCCUGCAAGGGAGACUCCGGUGGCCCGCUUGUCUGUCGAAACAAUGACAGGAUGACUCUGAUGGGUGUGAUCAGCUGGGGCGACGGGUGUGGGCAGAGGGACAAGCCUGGGGUCUACACCCGUGUCAGCAAUUACAUCAACUGGAUCAACAACAAAAUUAAGGCAAACCCGGUCUAAAGUAAGAGAAACUGCCAGGAAGAUGUUGUUGGAUAACCAUACCCGUAAGCACUAUGGGUAAAAGCAGACAUGUUUAGCAUUGAGAAGAUAGACAGAGAUGUCCACAGGACUGUCAGGACUCUGUUUAUCUGUUGAUCUUAAUCCAGCUGAUGGAAGUUUUAAACAAGCAGGACCACUCCUACUGAGAGGCGCAAGGAGGACUUCAGCCGUGAGUUUUCAUGUACGAUGUAGCUCCGUGUUCUAGACUUUUCUGUUCCUUACUGUGUCAAAUUUGACAGUAUAUAUGGACAGAAACACAGAACGAACUUUUUCCUCUUUCUGGGCCAUCUUGAUCGUGAUCAUAUUUUUUUUAUCUCUUCAUCCAUACAGAGUUUUCAUGUGUUUUUCUCAGUAUUGCCUCCACCAAACUGGAAGUUCAGGCAGUGAACUGAACAGAAAAAAUAGGAAAUAUCAUUACAUUCCUCAGCUCUCUCUGGCUGGCUUUGUGCUGGUUUAUACAGAGAAGUCAUGGUGGUAGACUUCAGGCCAGUAGCACUUUUAAUCCAGAAGAAUACUCAGUCAACACACGAAGUUUUGUGCAAAGUUUAAGUCUGUGUUACAGAUUUGUCUUCUAGAUAUGAGGUGAUGUUGGCUUAAUAACUUUUAAUGCAAAAUGUUCAUGCAUUUGCUUAUUUAGGAGCUUGACAGGUUCCAGACCUUUAUUCAAACCACAAAACGUAUCUGCUGGUUCAGAUCUUGAUUGUUUUUGCAGCUCUCUCUCGCUCCCUGCCAUCUUGUAGCAGGAAACUCUGAACUCCAUUUAACAAACCCAUGUCUUAUUCCUUAUGCUUCAUUACAGAGGAACAGCAAAAUUUCACUGUUUUUGUACCAGAUUUCUGGGGUACUUCUCCACGCCUGGGCUGAGCCCAGUAUGUAUAUAACAUUUAUAUUGUCUGAUUAUUGAUUUAAUAUGGAAAACGACUGGGGGCUGGUUUUUCUGUUUUACUUAAAAUUGCUUCUUGACUGCAAAGCUUAACAAACUCACUUUGUUCUGUGAUAGACUCUCAAGGGAAACUGGGUUUUAGAUGUUUUGUAUUAAGUUAAUAUUUAUGUGUAUCACUUAUUGCUUUGUAGAAACUUUAAUAUGUUGUACUGUAGCUUAAUAAUUUAUUGUCAGUGUCAUUAUAACCCCAUUUUGAAAUGUACUCCUUUGUCA